AUUUUCGUUUUGUCAACUUUUCACCUCGAAAUAACGACAAGAGGACAAAACGCCAAACGAAACGACAACAAAACAGGUCGCUAAUUUGCGGGUUUUCUUUGUCGUCCUUUCGUGUGUAUUUUGACAUCUAUUCGUUAUUUCGGCACGAAAUGUAUCACGAUCUUGAAUAAUAUAUUUUGUGAUUGUUUAAAACUUAUAUUCAAUUAUACUAAGUAAUAUAGGCUUAAUGUUGUUACAUGAACUUGUGUUAAUGCAUUUGAGAAUCUGUUUUAAGUGAUUAUUCUUGUAUAGGUUCGUAAUUGUAUGUAUCAGUUGGAAGGUCCUGGGGAAGAAUAGUGCGUGCAUUAAUCAAGUCACACUUUUGAAAUAAAGUAUUAUUAAUUUAUUAUUAUCUACUUAUCGUUUUGUCAUCUUUCCCCUCGAAAUAAUGAAAAGACGACAAAAUUUAAAAUGGCACAAAUCAGCCACCAUAGAUAGCAAAUUAUAUAUUCUCGGAUUCUGCUACUUCAAAUCAUUGUCAUAGGAGAUUACAUACAUGCAUACUGUUGAAAUGAACUCAUGGCUGUAAAAAUUGUUGUAUGUUGGAAAAACUUUGAUUUGGACUGUUACCUAAACUACACUUUAUUUUCAUCAAAUAUUGAAUCGUCAUUGAAACUCUUGAAUUGGAUAUGAUCAAUAAAGGAUAUUUAAUUACUCUACAUAUUCUUUCACUCAUAUCUCUGAGCAUCCAAAGGGGAGAUGGUCUCUUUAAGACAUUUCCCGGACUUCGGAUUCGAAGCACUAUUUCUUCCGCGAUUGUACUUUCUGGUGAAACCAUUAGAUGCUGUUUGAUGUGUUUGGACAAUAAUGGUUGUUACGGUGUCAAUGUUCACAAAGACGAUGGGAUUUGUGAAAUAAAUACAUUAGGACCAUAUGGUUAUGGUGGUAUAGCAGACACCAAUCAGUCAUGGACGGCUUACUUCAGAUCAAACGCACUGUCCAGCGAGUUAAUGCUUCGUGCCACGCCAGGGAUCGGAGUCAGCGUAAAAGACACAUGGCUUGGAACAACAACUCUACCAACCGUCCAGGACGCAUGCAUUUCCAUGUCCACUGGAGCCUGUAACACACAUUACCGGAAUCCGAAAGUAGAUUUAUGGAGUUCACUGCCUAUCUCAGAAGUGACCAUAGAACUGUACAGGGGAGGAUCUAAAGUGGCGUUCGUAACAUUUAAUGGGAUAGAUUCUGACCAGAAGAGCUGGUUUUCCCCAUCUCGCGUUCUGAACAGUAGCUGGAGUACAUUGACAUCAUCCACAGUGUACAACCACUUCUCUGUCGACGGACACGUGUUGUGUUCUCGGGCUUUCUUCAUAAACAGAGAUUAUGGAAUCUGUUCAGUAGAUGCUGGCUGGUUAGCUGUGAUGGACCCCGUUAAUACUGUUUGUUGCCCUGGAUCAUGGGAUGAUGUGACAAACCGACCAAUGUUUUUAUACUCUGCAGUAGACAGUGCUGCACUAUAUGUUUCAGGAGACGUUGACUUUGCUGAUGUGCUGGCAGUAUUCGUGAAAUACAAACAUAAAUAAUCAACACAACUGGAACACAAUACAGAAGACUCGACAUAGAGAGAAAUCAUUGUGGAUUCUCAGUCUCAGCAUUGGACCUCAGCAUUCGAUCACACGUACCACCGCUUAAUUGUUUGGAGUUUAAGGCCGUUUUAGCACGAUUUCAGCCAUUUAACGGCGGUUGACGGAAAAAGACCUCAUGUAACAAUAUCUAGAUAACAUUGUGUAUGCUGUAGUCUCGAAUAGCAACUUUCCAGAUAUAUCUUUCUUUUGUCAAUAAAUGUUAAAGCAAUAAAAGCUGCAUUGUAAAAAACCACGCCUAGUGUCUCCGUUUACACUACGUUAAAUGCCUGGACUGUAUGAUAAAAAACAUUCUCGGCUUCGAUCAUGAAUAUUUAUGUUCAUUAGUCAACCAAUCGAUGAGCUUCCAUGAUUUUUUUUUUUUGUUUUUUUUUUGUUUUUUUGUUUUUUGGUGAAAAGAAAAUCACUCGGAGGUCAUUGUGUGCUCCUAGCAGAAUAAUCCCGAGGAUUGCCGAUUGACAAGAAACUCGACACUUUUUAGCUGUUGUAACUAAUGUAUGCUUUUAGUUUACUUCACCGGCGUAAUAAAUUUACCGUAUAAUAUGCGUAACCACACCGCUCUCCUUUAGAUAAUUGUCCGAUCAAAUCUAGUUUUUAAGAUUUCAACACAUCCACUUUACCUCGAAUUUCCUCAUCAAAUUUGAGAAUAAGAUUAAGUUUAUUAACACAGAAUGCGGAUUCCAUUUAAUGAACACUUAUAAACUUUACUUGCUUCUGUGACCAGAGAUCUGCAGUCUUUUUUGUCCGUUAUUACUUGUAAACUAAUACUGCACGUUUUAGUUGUGGACGCAGCCAUAACAAUAUCAGAAAUGAUCUGUAACUUGUUAUUGUAAAGCAAUGUACCAAAUAUCAAAUGGAUCUGUAAUUAUGACGAAAUAAAGUGCGGGGAAACUGAUGUGCCGAACUGACAGACAGGCGGACGAAGUGGAAACCUAAAAUCUCCUUCAGCGAAAUUCGCCGGUAGGAAACUAAAGAUGCACAGUCAUUAUAAAUAUCAUUUUUGUGGACAUGUAUCAUAUAAUUCACACCUUGGAUUAUUUUGUGUUCAACGAGGGAACAGAACAUAAAUCGCAAACUUUUUGAUGAAAGCCAAAUCGAACAAUAGACAGUCUUCAAUGAUUAAAUUUCUACAUCAUGCAUGAAAUAUAUGCUCAUGGUUGCGAGAUAUUGAAAUGUGUCAGAAAUUUACAACUUAGCAGCUGCAUUGAUCUUUGGGAACGGAGUUAGGAAUUUAAAUUGUGAUCACUAUGCGUUUGCAGUGAAAUGAACAUUGUAUUGG